AUAUCACCACCACAAUAAACUAGAGAGAGAGAGAGAGAGAGAGAGAGGAUGAGGAAUGCAAGAGAGUUUGAGGAUACAGAAAGGUGGAUUUCAUCUUCAAAGCUGCCUCAGCUGUGUUUAAAUCACGUGUCAUUUGUUUGCAAGUCAGUGAGCAAGUCUGUGAGGUUUUAUGAGCAAGUCUUAGGUUUUGUGCUCAUUAAACGCCCUUCUUCCUUCAAAUUUGAGGGAGCUUGGUUGUUCAACUAUGGAAUUGGUAUUCAUCUGCUAGAGUCAGACAAAAAUAUCCCAGAAAAGAAAGGCAAAAUCAACCCAAAGGACAACCACAUUUCAUUCCAGUGCUCAGAUAUGGGGAUGGUUAUGCAGAAGCUGGAGGAGAUGAAGAUAGAGUAUGUGACAGCCAAGGUGGAAGAAGGUGGUGUUAUUGUGGACCAGCUCUUCUUUCAUGAUCCAGACGGCUACAUGGUUGAAAUUUGCAAUUGUCAAAAUCUCCCUGUUCUUCCAAUCUCCUCAUGCCCUAUCAAGCUUAUUACCAACACCAACGCAAACCAUACAUCAUCAUCAUCAUCAUCAUCUUUUUAUGGGGAACAGAGACAAGAGAUGAGCUGCUCUGGAGAAGCUGCGACGCUGAUGAUGGAAGGCUUGGUGAUGGACGUCAUGAACAUUUCCAUGUGAGAGCAUUGUUGCAUUGUCAGGAUUUUGUUUUCGUUGAUUUGGGGUGUAUUAGUGGUGCUCUGUUAGGAGAUUCUUCUCCUUUCUGCAAACGCCAUCGAUUGCUUCUCCUUAUUCGGAGAUGUCAACGUUGGCUGUGAAAUUAUUAUUUUUUUAAUCUUUUACUGCUGGGGUUUGCUUUGUAUAUAAAUGCUUUGUUUUGUUGUCGGCAAUUGUUCAGGCCUUGGCUUUGUUGGGCUUUGCCUCUUUUGGGCCUUGUACCGGAACUUUCUCUUUUAAUAAAUAUUCAUUUACAACCUAAA